UGUCAGACCCGGAGCUGGAAGCAAUAAGACAACAGCGGCUGGCGGAGCAACAGGGGAGGUAUGGGGAAGCUGGAGGGAGGAGAGCAAGCUCAGCAAGAAGCUAGACAAAGAGAAGAUGACAUGCAGAAUAGCAUUUUAUCCCAGGUCCUCAGCCAGGCUGCUCAGGCAUGGUUGAACAAUCAUGCCUUGGUGAAGCCUGAGAAAGCCAAAACCAUAGAAAAUGACCUUAUACAGAUGGCAAGAUUGGUCAGCUUGGUGGGAAGUUAUGUGAAGAGGGUCUAAUAGAGAUUUUGGAAAAAGUGAGUCAACAGACUGAGAAGAAGACAACGGUAAAGUUUAACAGGAAGAAAGUGAUGGACUCUGAUGAAGAGGAUGACUACUGA